UGCCCCCUCACCUCUCCUCCUGGUCCUCACCCCCACUUCCAUCCCUUACGACCACUACAAGUCGCCAUGCACGCCACCCACACUCUUUUCGCCGUCGUCGCGCUCCUCUGCGCGCUCUCCACCACCACCGCCGAUUCUGGUAAUCAUGGCAUACACGCCCGGUCCCGAGUGCACCGCAGGAUGGGGCGCGAGAUGCAGAGGCGAGAUGUCGCCUCUCCCGCGCUGAUAGACUCUCCCAAACGGAUCAUCAAGCGCAAGUCCUGUGCUCCCCGUGCUGUCAAUGACACCGAGACGCCUGCGUCUGCUAUUAUUAGCGCGAGCGCGAGCUCGACCUCUGCGAGGGAGGCUGCGACGUCCAAGGCUGUCUCGAAUACGCUGAGCUCCUCGACGUCCGGCAAGAGCAACUCAACUGCGUCCUCGGGAUCCGGGUGCUCUCUCGACCUGCUGUUCCCCGCGGGCCAGGGCAGCAAGUCCUGGACCACCUGCUCCGCGUCCGACAGCGCCAUCUCCCUGUCGGACGCGACGCUGAAGCCCAAGAACCUCAUCGCGGCGCUGUCGCACAACUAUGUCGCCGCCCCGGACACUGAUUCUGGCACGGCGAUGCAGGCGCACUACCCCAAGGGCUCGUACAUCCCGUCCAAGAACCCGCGGGGCGGCCUGUCGUUCUACGCAUCCGGGCCGAGCGACGUCGACCUGACCACGGCGAAGGAGGCGACGCUCAGCUACCGCGUGUACUUCCCCGACGGCUUCGAGUUCGUCAAGGGCGGAAAGCUCCCCGGGCUCUACGGCGGGAACAGCGCGAGCGGCGCGAUCUCGUGCUCGGGCGGGAGCCGCAGCGACGAGUGCAUGUCCGCGCGCUUCAUGUGGCGCACGGGCGGCGCGGGCGAGAUGUACACGUACCUCCCGCCGUCGUUCAAGGCGAACGACGCCGUGUGCGGCGUUGCCCCGAAGAGCGAGUGCAACCCCACGUACGGCGCGUCCGUUGCGCGCGGGUCGUUCACGUUUGCCACGGGCGCGUGGACGACGAUUGGCGAGCGCGUGAGGCUGAACGAUGCUGGGCAGGAGAAUGGGGAACUCGAGUUGUUUGCGAAUGGGGAGAGUAUGUUUAAGGUCGGGGGCCUCGUCCUGAGGAAUUCGGACGCAGGACGGUUGAGGGGGAUUAUGAUGCAGACGUUCUUUGGAGGAUCUACGCCGGAUUGGGCGUCCCCGAAGGACCAGGAUGUCUACUUUGCGGAUUUCUCCGUCGCCAUCACCGAGGAGCUCUAAAGCCUCGGUUUCCCGCCCUGCCCCCUUCCUUGCCACGAUUCUCAUUGACGACGACCCGUUCACUCAUUAAGGCGACUAACUACAGGGACCACGGAUCAAGAUAGUGACCAAUCACCCAACACUGACCGACGCAAUGCAAGCAAGUCUCAUAUCCGCAUUCUUCCUCCCAUACCACACCACAUUUAUAUCUUCAUGAACAGCCAGAUUUGCUUCGUUGCUUUCAUUCUUUACUCACCUCGCUCUCUGUUUAUCGUUCACGCCGGUCAUGACAUGAUAUGCUAUCAUAUAUACUUGCGCUCAGCGUGGGUGUAAUGAGCGUGCUAGGGCGCCGUAUUGUAUAUGUCGGGUACAUAUUGCUUUGUGUGUGUUGCGGAGACUGGGGGCUCUUGCAAUGCAUAGUUUGGAUUUGGAGUGGCGG